AGGGAAUGACAGCUGGCAAUAUUUUCAUGCCGGUCCUAGAUUGUUUACUAAUAUUUUUUUUUAUUUUUCCCAUUUCUGUUAAGAAAAAUAAAUUAUAUAGAAUUUAGGACCUAAUAGAAAUUAACAACUGCAUAAUACUCACACUGCAUCGAUGGCGACAUCACUGUUCUUUGUAAACACUGAAGCCAGUGAAGAAAAAACCGACGGACAAUGUGUGGACGACCAGUCCCAAACCCAAAGCGAGGCCCAACAGGCCCUCAACCAAUUCUGGCCGAAGGUCAUGAAAGAAAUACGUGAUAUUUGCCAUGUGAGAAAUAACCCUAGCUUCAACUUCAGAUACCUAUUUUACCCCCUUGUAUGAUUGGUUUUAGAUGGACCUGAAGCAGCAAGUACUUCCUCUAGCUCGGAUUAAGAAGAUCAUGAAAUUAGAUGAGGAUGUGAAAAUGAUCAGUGCCGAAGCACCUCUUUUAUUUGCUAAAGCUGCAGAGAUUUUCAUUCACGAAUUAACCUUGAGAGCUUGGAUACACACAGAAGAUAAUAAAAGAAGGACCCUUCAGAGGAAUGAUAUUGCAAUGGCCAUAACAAAAUAUGACCAGUUUGACUUUCUCAUAGAUAUUGUACCAAGAGAUGACUUGAAAACAAUCAAAGUACCUACAGAUGGAACUCAAAGGACUGGAUCAAACCCAGAUCAGGUUCAUUACUACUUCCAAUUGGCUCAACAAGCUCACUCUAAUUUACAACAGAACAGCACCUCUUCAGGUACUACAGCAACUGUAGCGCAACCACAACCAGCCAUACAAAUUGUACAACCCCAGCAGGUUCAAACUGUACAAGUCAAUACAAUUGAACAACCAACUCAAGAAUCAUCAUCACCAACAAGCAAUACAACUACUGCAACUCCUGUGAUUUUGCAACAGGGACAACCUUUAACAGCAAGUCCUCCAGGAAAUGUACAAAUCAUUCAACAAAUUGUCACACCAACAGGAGAAGUUCAACAAAUACCUAUCCAACUGACUCCGCAACAGUUGCAAAUGAUAAAAAUGCAACUGCAAGGUAACUCGUCACAGCCAGUUAUCAUUCAAACGGCGCCCAUCGCGACGGGGACGCAGCCCCAAUUGAUCCAGGUGCAACAGAGCAGCGGAACCAGCGCCGCGCCCCAGGUCUUCCUGACGCAAAACGCGACUAGUGCUGACAACGAAUAGUGCAUGCUCGUCAUUCGGUAGAUGUUUAGAGAUGAAUCGCUGCUGGAUGACGACAGUUGUACAUAAAUAAUGAAAAUAGGAUAUGGCUUAGAAUUCUAGAAGGCAAAAUCAUAAUUUGCCAAAAUGUAUCGUCAUUCUUGGGGGUGAGGAACAUGAACGCGACUGCAGGUAUUGGUCGAUUUAUCAUGUUGCUAAGGCCUGAGACCACUCAGUAAUACAUUCUGUAUAAUUUUUGCAUGUAGGCCACAGUUCAUCGUAGGACCUCGCAAAAAAAUGAAAUGGCUUGGAUCCACUAUUCAUUCAAAAUUCAUGAAAUGUCUCAUAAAAUGGCUUGCAUUCUAGAAUUUCUAGAGUUUCCAUCCUUUCAGUUAGAAUAAUAAUUUAUUUUUAAAUGUCUGUCAUUUUUAUGGACGUGUAUGCCUGAAAGAUAAUACUAUGAUAUUGAAUGAAAUGCAAGCAUGUUUCUUAUUAGGUUUAUUUAAGAAAAUAUCAACACUUAAAAUACGAAAUGUACAG